UGGCUGUGUUUUCAUCAGAACGCCUCCUCCAUCCCUCUAUUGCUUUAAUAUCCAGUUCUAGGGUUCCUGCAGUUAAGUCCCAAACCAUGAAUUAUGUUGGGCAGUUGGCUGAGCACGUGUACAAACUGUACAAAGGACUGAAUCCAGCUACCUUGACAGGAUGCAUCGAUGUCAUAGUAGUGAGGCAGCCAGAUGGCUCAUACCAUUGUUCACCCUUUCAUGUUCGUUUUGGGAAGCUUGGGGUACUGCGAUCAAAAGAGAAAGUGGUUGAUAUUGAAAUCAAUGGUGAACCAGUAGAGCUGCAAAUGAAGCUUGGAGACAAUGGGGAGGCUUUUUUUGUUGAAGAAACUGAGGAAGAUGAGGGGAUCCUUCCAACACACUUAACAACAUCACCGAUACCAGUUGAAGGAGCUUAUUCUGCAAGAGAGGCAGAUUUGGCAAGUCCUGAAUUAAUUCAGAAUCCGGAACUACCCAGUCCAUUUAAUGGUACAGAAAUUGACAACACUGUAAAUAAUACUUCAGCCAAAAAGAAACGACGUCGAAGGAGGAAGCACAAACCAGAGAAUUCAAAGAAGGAUGACCAGGAGUCCUCAUCGGAUGAGCAAGACAUACCUGACAUGGACAUUAUUUCAGAGGAACAGCCACGAUGUGUACCUACAAACAGUGAAAUGUGUAAUUUCUUUUCUGAAUUACCCAAUAAAGAUUCAAGCACCUAUCACUCUCGAGAAAUCUAUCCAUAUUCAGAUGGUGAAUGGUCUUCUAUCGAGAGCUAUUCUUACGACCGAAUUUCAUCACCAAAAAGUGACUCUGAAUUGGUUGUAAAAUCACAUGAAGGAUCCUUCAUGGGAACAGAAUCUCGGAUGCAGUGGACGUGGGGAGGUUUUCCACAGGUCAGUAAAAUGGAGAAGCCUGAGCAGCCAAGAGUAGCUACCAUUACACCUUCUGAGCAUACACAUUUUCGAGUCAUCACGGAUAGUAGCGCAGCAGAUGGAACUGCUUGUGAUUCCUCUGAAAUCAGUAAUAUCAUAACCGUUUUCAAGCCUCAGCCUCGAAACCAAAGAAGUCCUCCAUUGCAUGAAACAUCCAUGGUACAGACAGUUCCACCCACAAUGGAGACAGCAUUCCUAGAAGGCACCUCUUGGACAACAGAACAAGCAGAUGUUGUGACAGAGACUUUAGUAUCAAAUAUUGCAGGCCAGUCAUUGCUGUCAGAAACUACUGAAACAUGUACAUCAGAAUCUCAAGGCGUUGAAAUCUUUCAGUACGCUCCUCGGCAAGAACCUGAGAGUCCACCCACUUUAGAAAGUAAUAAUAAUCCAGCCCAGCAGACAUUAUUCCUCGAUACCAGUGUAAAAACAGAAGAAAUAGACAAAAAGAAAGGUGGACCUAAAAGAAACCAACAUCUGGGUCCCUGUGAUAUUUAUUUAGAUGACCUACAAAAAUUGGAUCCUAAUAUUGCAGCUCUAUAUUUCCCAAAGAGUGAACAGGAUUCAAGUUCUAAGCAGUUGAAUGAAUUUGGUACACAUUCAGAGUCGCAAUCUCCACAAUCAGUAGGAAGUGCAGGUGCAGAUAGUGGGACCGAAUAUCUGUCUGAUUCAGCUAGUGAACUCCCAGAUGUAAAUCUAUCUCUGUGUGGUGGCCUCAAUGACAACAAUGAGAUUUCUCAAGGGAAAUUUGAGCAACACAUAGUCACAUACCAGGAUUUGGUUGAAACUCCCGGAAUUAUUGAUGAUCCAAAUUUGGUUAUCGGAAUUAAUAAAAAAUAUUACAACUGGGCAGUCGCUGCACCCAUGAUUCUCUGCAUUCAAGUUUUUCAGAAGAAUUUGCCAAAGGCUACUGUAGAUAAAUUGGUUAAGGAAAAGAUGCCAAAAAAGACUGGUGGCUGGUGGUUCUCCUGGCGCAGGAAAAACUCUGCCGUAAAGGAGCCAGAAUCCAGUAUCAAAAAAGGUGAAGAACAGAAUGAAAGAAGUGAAAAUAAACAAGCUAGCUUGCUUGAAGGUUGCAGGCCUAAAGAAGAGUUGACUUCUAGUGAUGAUGACUUCAACACCAUCAAGGACCAUCCAAAGCCAGGUUCUAAAUGUCGAGAUUCACCUUGUCAGAUCAAUACAGCUACGUACAAAAAAUCCCUGAGGCUGUCCUCGGAAAAACUAAAAAGUCUGAAUCUGAAGGAUGGCCCAAAUAAUGCAGUGUUCAGUGUGACAACUCAAUAUCAGGGAACCUGUCGAUGUGAAGGUACCAUUUACCUCUGGAACUGGGAUGAUAAAGUUAUUAUAUCUGACAUCGAUGGCACAAUAACAAAGUCUGAUGCUUUAGGCCAUAUUUUGCCACAGCUGGGAAAAGAUUGGACCCACCAGGGCAUUGCAAAACUCUACCAUAAGAUACAUCAGUAUGUAUUUACAUCUGUUUUAAAUUAUAGAAAGGUGCUUCUUAUUGACCCAUUUUGUUUUGACUCAUUGAACAGCAGUUCUUCCUGA